ACUCAAACACAAUAUCAGUACACUCAAAAACCUUUCAAAAUAACACUUCUCUGAGCUGUUACGUACUAAAAAAUGGCUUCACUUCGAUUUUUAUCGAUCGCGCUCUUCUUCAUUUUUGCUAAUCAAUGUACCUCCCGCAAGCUUCAUGAGUUAACAAUCACGGAAAGGCAUGAUCAAUGGCUUGCAGAGUAUGGAAAGUCUUAUAAGAAUGAUGAAGAGAAAUUAAAAAGAUUUCAGAUAUUCAAGAACAAUGUUGAGUUCAUUGAGAAAUUUAAUGCUGGUGGUGAGGAAUCAUAUAAGCUUGGGAUUAACCAGUUUGCUGAUUUAACUAAUGAAGAGUUUAGAGUUUCAUGGACUGCUUAUAAGAGACCUGUUAAUUCAUUAAUGGCAUUGACAACGACACCGUUUAAGUAUGAAAAUGUUACUGAUCCACCUUCUACAAUAGACUGGACAGAAAAACAUGCUGUUACUAGUGUCAAAGAUCAGGGAACAUGUGGAAGUUGUUGGGCUUUCUCCGCCAUUGGAGCAACAGAAGGACUUCGUAAAAUUACAAAAAAUGAUUUAACAUCUCUAUCAGUACAAGAGCUUGUAGAUUGCGACAUUAAAGGCGAAGACAAAGGUUGUGAAGGCGGUUCAAUGGAGGAUGCUUUCAAGUUCAUCAUAAACAAUCGUGGAAUCACCAGUGAAAUUAAAUACCCAUACAAAGGAGUUGACCAAAAAUGCGACCCGAAAAAGGUGACUUCACACGUGGCAACAAUCACCGGGUACCAAAAAGUUCCAGCAAACAGCGAAGAAGAUUUGAUGAAGGCCGUGGCUAAUCAGCCGGUGGCUGUCUCAAUCGAUGCAGGUUCCACAACGUUUCAAUUUUACUCCUCUGGUGUUUAUAGAGGAACAUGUGGAACUGAAGUAAAUCAUGGAGUUUUGGCCGUCGGAUAUGGCCAUAGUAAUACUGCAGCGAAAUAUUGGCUAGUGAAGAAUUCAUGGGGGAAGAAAUGGGGAGAAAAAGGGUUUAUUAGAAUGGAGAGAAAUGUACAGUCCAAAGAAGGUCUUUGUGGUAUAGCCACAGAUUGCUCAUAUCCACUAGCUUAGUUUUAUUUAUUUAUUAUUAACGUUUUAGUAAUAAGUUUUUUUUAUUAAUUUAGUUCAAUUCAAUUUAGCAAUAAAUUAUUUUUUGGUCGAAUGAUAA